GAAAUCCAGAGUCGUCUGUUUACUUCCGUUUUAGAAUUUCAUCACAAAACUGCUAGAAGGAACUGCGUAUAUUUCGAAAAUCUUUAUUAUCUGACUCUACUUUAUAGAACAUUGUUAUUUUCAGACGUCAUCUGAGGACCGUUGGUAACAAUGUUGGCUUCUCGCUUGGCUGUGGGUGGGCGAGUCCCACUGACGGCGUUUGUGACAACACUGAGAGCUUCGAGACUCCCCGACCUGUGUCAGGUAUGUCGGACGUCGCGUGUCCAGCUGUAUGCGACUGAGACGAGGUCGGCAUUGAGACGCAGAACGAGACAGACACUCAAGGAGAAGAUGAUGGCUCCCGCCGGGGCUGGAGUUUUCAACAUUGGCCGUGGUUUUGUUGCGGGAGCAUCGCUGCUUGGUAUUGGAGCUCUGUGUUACUACGGACUCGGGAUGUCCAAUGAAGUGGGAGCCAUUGACAGAUCUGUACUGUGGCCAGAAGAAGUGCGGCGCAGGAUCCGGGCCACGUACAUGUAUUUCGGGGGCAGCAUCGUGGUGUCGGCGCUGAGUGCGGUCGCCGUGGCGCGGUCACCGGCCAUGAUGAACCUGAUGAUGAGACAGUCCUGGCUGGCUAUUGGUGCAACGUUUGCUGCAAUGAUUGGCACGGGGAUGGUGUGUCGUGCGAUACCGUAUCGGGAAGGGUUUGGAACUAAGCAGAUGGCGUGGCUCACUCACGUGGGCGUGCUGGGCGCAAUCGUCGCCCCACUCACGCUCCUCGGUGGUCCUAUCCUCCUGAGGGCCGCCUGGUACACUGCCGGGCUCGUUGGAGCUCUGUCGACAGUGGCUGUGUGUGCGCCAAGUGAAAAGUUUCUCAACAUGGGUGGACCACUAGCUAUUGGACUUGGUGUGGUGUUUGCUUCGUCUGUGGCUGGGAUGUUCCUCCCUCCGACUGGCGCGCUGGGAGCCGGUCUCUACUCCAUCUCCAUUUACGGCGGUCUCGUUCUCUUCAGUCUCUUCCUCCUGUACGACACGCAGAAGAUCGUGCGACACGCAGAAACGUACCCAACGUAUGCCGUCCAGCCCUUUGAUCCCAUCAACGCCUGCAUCGGGAUCUACCUGGAUGUCUUCAACAUUUUCAUCCGGAUUGCGAUGAUUCUGGCUGGAGGUGGUGGAAGGCGGAAGUGAAUGUGUGUGAUACACACUAACAAACUGAUCACUACAUUAGUGAAUUUGAUAUUCAGAUGGCGUGACACUGCGUAGGAGAUGGCCAUACUCAAUAUACACUUAUCAGUUACCUGCUCUUGUUCCUUAACAGUUGUUGGUGUUAGUAAGAAAUCUCAGCCAGAAUCAAUUAUUUAUUUCCUGGAUCAUAACAGUAAAAUAGUUUGAUUGGUAUGGGCCUGGUUACAAUUUUUUUAGCAUACAAAACGGGGGUGGGGGAGGGUUAAUGCCUGUAUGUGCUUUUAAAAGAAAAACACAACAAUUUCAUUAAAUAUUGUUUGAUAAAUUGACUUUUUUUUAAUGUAACGUUUUGUAGGGGAGAGGGUAGCUGAAACGUGCACUCUUUUUGUAUUUGUAAAAAUUUAUAACUGUAAAUGUCCUCAUAAUGUUAAUUAGUUUUGUUCUGUGAAUUUCUUUAAUGUAAAAUAAACCAAGAUAAAUAUGAACAAGAAUUGUUGCCUAAAUCGGAAUAGCAUACCAUUGAUGUCUUUCAGAUUCCUGACAAACGUAAAAAUAACUACUUCAAAAACAUUGUUUAGUACAAAAAGUCAAAAACGAUUUUAAACCAAAAGGACGUGUACUAGGCAUGUUGUGUUAAUAACAGUUAUCAAUGUGAGUUUGUGUUUUAUAUAAAACGUUGUUGAAUACAAACACCUGUAA